AUGUAUGACUGUACAAUUGUAUUGAGAAAAAGAAAACGCAUAUUACAACAUCCGAAGUGUAGUAGGAAUGUAACAAGGCAUUUAUUUGAUAAUGUAUCAGUCAAAUCAAUUAUCACCAUAUCUGUACUACCAUACACUCAAAAUUCACCAAUUAAAAAAUUGUCUAAAAUUGCCACAUUAUUAUUGGCUAGAAAUUAUAUUCUUCUUUUGACAAAAAAUUUAACUGAAUUACAAGAAAAAUUCGACAGCGCUGUAUCACAAAAUCAAUCACUAUGUCAGUAUGAAACAACCAUGUCAAAUAAUGACUCAAUAAAGCAUUUAUCAAUAGUAUCUUCGAUGGACACAUCAGUGUUAUCCGCAACAUCAACCUCGUCAUUGUCAACAGUCCAUUCAUCGUUGAAAUCAGUGAAACCAACGGUUUUGCCUGCUUUUUCUCCAACGCCAUUCAGUUAUCCAACCUCAGUACUCUCAAUGUUACAAUCACUACCAACAUCUGAGAAUGAAUACAAAGAGAAUAAUCAGCCAGUUGGUGUAAAUUCUACAUUUGAGGAAAAAAUCAAUAAUGAUACCAUCAAUACUGUAUCUAAUAAUCCGAAUUCGCUGACAAAUUUAUUCAAUGACCAUCAUCCUUAUAAUCUAACCAAUCACAGUGUUCAUCAUAACAAUACACAUGACCAUUCACUUUUAUUAACUAAUUUCAGUAAUUAUUCAAAUCAUCAGAUAAAUUCAUUAUUAAAACUGAAUAUUAAACCGCCGACAUCAUGUAUUUUGUCAACAUCACAGUAUACUUAA